UGUGUCGCCGUCACGCACUAGACACUUUCGCAUCCACAGGGGGCUGACAGGCUCUAACGCUUUAAACCAAGGAUUCCCGUAGCCAUCGGAAAAGAACUGAGACGAUAUUUCUGAGUAGUAAUAAGCACAACUAAUCACCGACUCUGUGUUUAUAUACUCCUUAGCGCAAUGUAGAUGGUGCAGCUUACGUCAAGACGAGCCCCCGGGCGGGCAAUUUUGGGAAAACAACGCUGCUUGCUGUUUCUGUCCGUGGCAUUUGUGUUGGCAUGCCCUGGACUUGAUGUCCUAUCGCCACAUGGGGUGGCCCUUGCGGCCAGAGACCACGACAGCGGUACAUUAACAGAAGACCCUUACGCCGUCGCUGUCGCUGAUAGCAGCAGCAGUCACUGCAGCGACAACGGCAGUGGAUGCCAUUUCAUCCAAGCCUUCGAUGCGCCAUCCUCCGCUUCCCACCGCCAGCUCCUAGCAACGCUUCCUUCAAGCGCUACCAAUGGUUCCGCGUCCGCUGCUUUCCCCGCUUCCGCCUUCGCAACCUGGUGCUCAUCCAACGCGGCAUGUGCUGCAGCCGGCAAUCUCGGCCUUUCGCUGCUUUACCACACCAACACCUCGGAAAUCACCGCUUCGACUUUGAACUGGCCGAACGUAUUUUUCGGUGCUGGCGUGUCUUCCCUGCAGCUCAUCUCAGGCGUUGUGGAGCUGCAGCUCUCAGGGUUCCCAGCAAAGCAGGAUCAACUCAUAUGCAGCUCAAGCAGCCCUUGCGUUGCGCAACUCGCUAUUCCAGUUAGCUCUACGGCGGAUGUGACUCGGUCCUUCGUGUGCAUUCGGCUCGAGCCCAGUGUGAUUGGCGGUUACUACCAGGCGUAUGGCUACCCACCCGGCUCGGAUGGCACGGUUAUUUCGGGGAUUCCCGUGAACAAUGUACUCAAAUGCAACACCACCAAGUUCGGGAAGCACAUUAUCAUGCAGUACAAGCAGUCAGCGCUUGUGCCGCCGUCGCCGCCGGUGCCGCCGCCGCCACCGCCACCGCCGCCGCUGAACACGACGGGAGCUAAGCUUACAUCUGACACGCAGCUCAAGAUGCUAAUUUCCAUGUCGCUCGGUUUCGACACACUCAAGGCCAACGAAACGCUGUUGAGCUCGCUGACGUCCUCCCUGGAGUCGUCGCUCACCACCUCCCUGGGAGCCAUGGUUCCGGCGCUGCUGCUGCUCUCCUCCGAAACCAACUCCACAGGCAGCAUCUACAAGAUCAGCCGCGAUACAACGAACACAAAGACCGUCGUCUCCGUCGACAUACGUGUGGUGGUCCCCGCGGGCGCCACGGAGAGCCAGGUGUCGGCGCUGGAGAAGCUGCUCGCGGAAAACACAACCGCCGUCUUUAGCGGCUCGCCGUACAGCAGCUACCUGCUGGGCCCCGCCAGUGUGUCCGUGGUGACCUCCGAAACCAGCACCCUCAGCGACGGAGCCGUGGUAGCCAUCACGCUGUGCACGCUGCUGGCGCUGGCGCUGCUGAUCGGAGGCAUCUACGCGCUGGUCAAGUGGCGACAGCACGAGGCAAUCCUGCCAAAGAAGCCUACCGGCGAUUGGGACGCGUACGGCUCUGCGGUCGUACAACCUCGCAGCACAGCGUACAGACGGCGCGAGAAGGAGAAGGAGAAGCCCACCACCUUUGGCGAGGAUGUGGCCUCCGCGUUGCCACCGGCAGCGGUUGCGGCCGGGUCGUCAGGCAGCAAGCCGGGAGGCAAGGGAAGCAAUACGGAGAGUGGAGGAGCAGGUGUGAAGAGCGGGGCCGAGCUGAAGCCACAUUGACCGGGACUGCGCCAGUGAUCAUGAAUGCGCGCAUCGUAGCCGCAUGCGAAGGAUUGACAGUGGUUAUGGUUGUGCGGUGUGGUAGGUGCUGGCGGGCAAGUGGAGAGAGGCGUGCGUUGUUUGUACUAUUCUAGCGAUCGCCGUUUACCUCGACGGCGGUGUAAUGAUGCACAUGAGCCACAGUCUGCGCGACGCGAUUUCGGAUUGUUUUGACUGCUGUUGUUGCACUCUUAAGUCGUACAAUAAGCCUUACUAAGCGCCCUGCUUGCUUGCUGUUCGAAUUCAGCCAGAGCUUGACGUUAUCUGGGAACUGCGAUGGCAGCUUCCCACAAGCCUCGUGUCCUCCACCGCAACGCCAAUCUACGGCUAUCCUACACAACUGCAACCGUAAUGGUUUAGCC